CCACUGAAAAAUGGCUGAUAUAAUAUUGAACAGACAUUUUAUCUAGGUGUUUUCAUUCCAGUAAUUAUACUGAGGAUACUAAUAAUGUACAUUAUCACAGCUCUUGUCACACAAAAUACUCACUUCACUAUUCUGUUAUUGCGGAUUGAAAAUGCUGCUGUUCUUUAUUGUUUAGAUGCCUCAAUGCCAAAGAAGAGAAAUCGCAAAUUUGUUAUAGUAAAAGAGUGGCUAUGUUAUAAAAAAGGUGGCAACCAAGAUGGUACUAUUCAUCAUCGAGGUGAAUGUCUAGAAAUUGAUGAUGAAAAUUCUAAAGUUCAACUUUCUGAAUGUACUAGAUCGUUAGAACAACAAUGGACGUUCAACAGUAAACUAUAUUUUCUAUCUGUGGAUAAAAAUGUACAGCUGUGAUAUUUUAAAACAAAUGAUUUUUACUUACUUUUACUUACGCCUGUUACUCCCAAUGGAGCAAAGGCCACCGACCAGAACUCUCCAACCCACUCUAUCCCACAAUUCCUUCCUUUCCAGUUCUAUCCAAUUUUCGUUCAUUCUUCUCAUGUCUGUCUC